UCGUCGUGUCGUUUUCGCCGUAACCGUAGGUACGCGGUCGUCGUAUCGCAGUCAUCGAAACACCGUCGUCAACAUUGUCACGCGGCCGCACGAAAAACCGACGAACAACAACAACAACAAUAACAGCAAUUUAUACAUCUCAACCGAUUGGAUAAAACGAGCCGUCGAAAUGGAAGCAGGACAACAACAGCCCGGUAACAGAUCACCGUCAAACGGAGUACAGACAUCAAACAUUGUAUUAGAUUAUUUACCAAUGAUCACGAAAGUUGUAGUAGGUAUUCUUCAUUCGAUAUACGCAUUCAUCAACCUAGCUUAUGUCACCAUAUUUCCAGUUGAAAAAUCUUUAAAAGAUAAAGUCGUAGUCGUGACUGGUGCCGGCAGAGGACUUGGCCGGGAGAUGAGCUACCAGUUGGCCAAAGAGGGUGCAAAAGUGGUGUGUGUGGAUAUAAACGCGGAGGGCGUCAAAGAGACGGCGGACGUGAUCAACGGCAGCCGGACUGGCGCGGACGCGGGAGCCGACUUUUACACGACCAACGUGGCUGAGCCGAGCCAGGUGAACGAACUGGCAAAGGCGGUGGAAGAGAAAUGGGGCAAGGUGGACGUGCUGAUCAACAACGCGGGUAUUGUAGCCAGCGCGCCUUUGAUGGACACCACCGACGAUCAAAUCAAGCGCAUGAUCGACGUCAACCUGGUUUCGCACUUUUGGAUGUUACGCGCCUUUUUGCCAGCCAUGAAGAAACGCAACGAAGGCCACAUCGUGGCCACGUCCUCUGUGGCUGCGUUCACGUGUGCGGCUAACAUCGUGCCAUACGCUGCCACCAAAUACGGUGUCACGGGUCUGAUGGCCAGUCUCAGAGAAGAACUCAGGGCCAACCCGUCGAACAACAUAAAAACCACUACUAUUCAUCCGUUCUUUUUGGACUCUGCCCCGAUAAACGUCAAACACUGGGACGUAAAGUCAGCAUUACCAAUUGUUUCAAUUCCACAAGUUGCCCAAGCAGCAAUUCAAGGAAUUAAAAGAGAAGACGUCGUUGUAACCGUACCAGAAAUAUUGAGACUGAUUAUGCAAAUACUAUGGAUUGUGCCACAGAAAUCAGCUGAUUAUUGGCGAGACGCAUUUAGUUCAAAAAUCAAUAAAGCUUAAUUUGCUUUAUAUUUUAAACAUAAAUUAUUGAAUUGAGUAUCUUAAAAAUUUAAAUAUAUGUUAUAUUAUGUAUAUAAAAUUUAAUUAUAGGCCUCAUACAAUUUGUUCAACAAAUGUUGGUACGUGUAUGCAUAAUAUAAUUAAAGGAAACUAUAAAUAUUUGUAAGUGCUAGUAUUGUAUAGUUUCAAUUCAACAUUUUAUUCAAUUCUCCAUUUAUUUAUUUAAUUGAGUAAAUAUUUAGUAAUGUACUUAUAAUACCUAUUUAUUUACUCAUUAUAUUUAUAUGUUAAGCAACAAUGUAUGAUUAUAAAUACUAAAAUUAUUUUGAAAAAAAUACCUGCUAUAAUUUAAUAAUAUUAUUAUCAAUUUUUUAA